UUAAUCACCGGGUCAAUCGACUCGUUUACUUUUCUUCGGUCUUCUCUCCAAAAGAGUAUGAUAUCUUUGAUAUUUCCGCAGCAACAAUAAUGGUAGAGAGAUGCAGAAGAAGACAAAUUACUGCCGUUUGAUAAAUUCUCUGUCUGAUUAAAUACCCCCAAGUCGAGAAGCUUUUUGGGUUCGAGAAGCAACGAGGUUUCGAGAAGCAAAAUCAGUUUUUUUUGUUUUGUCCUUCUUUUAUCUGAUUAGGUGAGAUUUAAUGCGAAAAGGGAUCUAGAUUCGUUGAAUUUCCUAGGAGGGUUUUGGGUUUUGGAAGAUUCUUCUUUGAUUGGCUUCAUUUACGAAACAGUGGUGGAUUUAAGAGAUUUCUCUCUCACUUUGUUGAAGCUCGAAGCUAUUUUUUUGGGAGGGAAUUAUGGGUUUUGAUUUGAAACAGAGCUUUUAUCUUCAGCUUCUAGAUUUAUCCAGUUUUGAUCUAAACUAGUGAUAAUACUUAAGUCAUCGAACUGAAAGUUUCAAUCUUUGGUUCUUGAAGCUUUGUAGUUGAUUAAAAAGGAGUUUCUACUUCUGUUUUAUUGAGUGUGAUUGGGAGCUUUUGUAGUUUAUCUAUAAGUGUUUUUAGAGAUGGAUGAGAGUAAUCAUGGAGGUUCAUCAAGCUCACUCCCACCUUUCCUCACCAAAACAUAUGAGAUGGUUGACGAUUCUUCAUCGGAUUCAAUUGUCUCGUGGAGCCAGAGCAACAAGAGUUUCAUCGUUUGGAAUCCGCCAGAGUUUUCCAGAGGCCUUCUUCCCAGAUUCUUCAAGCACAACAACUUCUCAAGCUUUAUCCGCCAGCUUAACACAUAUGGGUUUAGAAAAGCUGAUCCUGAGCAAUGGGAGUUUGCAAAUGAGGAUUUUGUGAGAGGUGAACCUCAUCUAAUGAAGAACAUUCAUAGACGCAAACCUGUUCACAGCCACUCUUUACCGAAUCUGCAAGCUCAGCAGAAUCCGUUGACUGAUUCAGAACGACAGAGAAUGAAUAACCAAAUCGAGAGACUGACUAAGGAGAAAGAAGGAUUGCUUGAGGAGUUGCAUAAACAAGAGGAGGAACGAGAGGUGUUUGAGCAACAAGUGAAGAAGCUAAAAGAUCAGUUACAACACAUGGAGAAGCGUCAGAAAACAAUGGUUUCGUUUGUCUCUCAGGUGUUGGAAAAACCAGGUCUUGCUUUGAACCUAUCUCCGAGUCUCCCUGAAACAAACGAGAGGAAAAGAAGGUUCCCUAGGCUCGGGUUUGAGCCGAUGUUGGAAGAGAACCAAACGUGUGUUGUUGCGAGAGAGGAAGGUUCCACAAGCCCUUCUUCACACACGACAGAACAUCAGGUGGAACAGCUAGAGUCAUCGAUAGCGAUUUGGGAGAAUCUGGUGUCGGAAUCUUGUGAGAGUAUGGCUCAAUCAACAAGAAGCAUGAUGACACUUGAUGUGGAUGAAUCAUCUACUUGUCCAGAGAGCCCUCCUCUUUCUUGCAUACAGCUGAGUAUCGAUACACGUCCCAAAUGUCCUCCUUCUCCAAGGAUCAUCGACAUGAACUCCGAGCCCGAUGUUUCAAAAGAACAGAGCACUGUUGCUCCUGCUCCUCCUCCUCCAGCAGCAGGAGUGAACGAUGUCUUCUGGCAGCAGUUUUUGACGGAGAAUCCUGGCUCAGCCGAGCAACGGGAAGUUCAAUUAGAGAGAAAAGACGAUAAAGCUGAGGAUCGAAGUGAGAAAUGUUGGUGGAACUCGAGGAAUGUAAAUACAAUUACAGAACAGCUUGAACAUCUGACUUCUUGAGAGAGAGAGAAGUUUAUAUGUCAAGUUACUUUAGAUAUGUUUUUUGUUUUAGUUUCUUGUAAAAUAGGUUUUCUUUUUGCAGUUUCAUUGUAUUCUGUUAUAUGUAUUUGGGUCUGGUUCUACUUUUCAUCAUUCACAUGUAUGUUCUCUCAGUUCAUUAUAGCAGACUACU